AUGUGCAAGAAGGACAAGCGUUCCAAGCUCGAAGGAGACGAAUUGGCAGUUCGUCAUUCGUUCGAAUACAUGAGAAGAAAUAUUUUUUACAGGAGGCUCAACAAAAAGGAUCUUUCCAACUACCGACCUCCAAUGUAACUGCCAAGCUCGAUGCUUCUCAAUGGCCGUUGUUGCUGAAGGUUAGUUAUUUUUAAAAUGAAAUGUAUUCCUCUUCUAUUUCAGAACUACGACAAACUCAACGUCCGAACAAACCACUACACCCCACACGUUGAGGGAGUUUCGCCGCUGAAACGCGACAUCGCGAACUAUGUUUCUUCGGGAUUUUUCAACCUCGAUAAGCCGUCCAACCCAUCGUCUCACGAAGUCGUUUCCUGGAUCAAAAGAAUUCUGCGUGCCGGAAAGACGGGUCACAGUGGAACGCUCGAUCCGAAAGUGUCGGGAUGUCUUAUCGUGUGUAUCGAUCGUACCACUCGCUUGGCCAAGUCGCAACAAGGAGCUGGAAAGGAAUACAUCUGCAUUUUCAAGCUGCACGAAGCUGUUGAUGAUGAGCGCAAGGUCCGCCAGGCCCUCGAGAAGCUCACUGGAGCUCUCUUCCAACGUCCUCCGCUGAUCUCGGCCGUUAAGCGUCAGCUUCGUAUUCGUACGGUCUACGAGAACAAGUUCAUCGAGUACGAUGCGAACCAGCACAUGGGAAUUUUCAAGUAGGUGGUAAAAAGGCAGAACAGUAUUUUAUUGUUCCUUUACAGCUGCGUCUGCGAGUCCGGAACCUACGUCCGUACUAUCUGUGUUCAUCUUGGUCUUAUCCUUGGAUGUGGUGGACAGAUGCAGGAACUUCGUAGAAAUCGGUAUUUUUAUGUGAACUUCGAACUGUUGCCGAAUGGUUCAUUACAGCUCGGGAAUCUGCGACGAGAAUGAGAGCAUGGUGACGAUGCACGACGUCCUCGAUGCUCAGUAUUUGUUGGACACCCAAAAGGACGAGAGCUACAUGAGACACAUUGUCCGUCCACUCGAGGCUCUUCUUAUUCAGCAUAAGAGAGUUGUCGUGAAGGACAGUUGCGUCAAUGCAAUCUGCUACGGAGCCAAGAUUUUGAUUCCGGGAAUUAUCCGCUACGACGAUGAUAUCGAAGUCGGAAAGGAGAUUGUCGUGAUGACCACGAAAGGAGAAGCCAUCUGCAUCGCCAUUGCUCAGAUGAGCACCUCGACCAUCGCUUCCGUUGACCAUGGAGUUGUUGCCAAGUCGAAGCGCGUUAUCAUGGAGCGUGACGUGUACGAAAGAAAGUGGGGACUCGGACCAGUGGCCUCGAAAAAGAAGCAAAUGAUCAAGGAUGGUCUCCUCGACAAGUUCGGAAAGCCAAACUAUUCCACUCCGAAAUCUUGGUCCAAGGAACACGUGCAGACCGACAAGCAGACGCAGAACGACGCUGUUGUGAAAGAAGAGGUGGAUGAUGGGGAGCCGAACAACAAGAAGACGAAGCCAGUGAAGGAGGAGUUGAACAGCGACAGCGACUAA